AUGGUCGCAAGAUCCAUCUCAAAGAUGCUGUCUGGAAGCUUCAAUUUGAUGACACUUGAUUGGAGGUACAACAAGCUAUCUGGUGGUAUACCACGCUAUAUUGGCAAACUUAGAGACCUCAGGGUUCUUCUAUUUGGGGGAGAUGAAUUGCAUGGUCAUAUUCCUUUGCACUUAUGUCAGCUGCAGAAACUAACAAUUAAGGAUCUUUCUCAAAAUAAAUUUUCUGGGCCACUACCUUCAUGCUUCAGCAACAUCUCUUUCGGCAGAGGACACUUUGCCGCAGAUGCAUUUCUUCCUCUUGACACGAUAGUCACUACAUUGGGAAACCCAAUAGGAUUCAAUAAGUCUAAUUCAUUGGGUAUUGACGAGUACGUGAGUGAGGAUAUGUUAACUUCUCCCGAGCAAGAAGAAGUGGAAUUCACAACAAAAAGUAGAGCCGAACGCUAUACAGGGAAUAUAUUAAAUUUCAUUUCUGGACUUGAUUUGUCAUGUAAUCAAUUGAUUGGAGCAAUUCUGUCUGAAUUUGGAGAUCUCAGUCAUAUCCGGGCAUUAAAUUUAUCCCACAACUACUUGCAAGGAUCUAUUCCCUCAAGACUUUCCAUGUUGAACCUAGUAGAGAGCUUGGAUCUUUCUUACAACAAUUUCAGUGGCGAAAUACCUUCAGAGCUGGCAUCCUUGAACUUCUUGUCCAUCUUCAAUGUGUCAUACAAUAACUUGUCUGGCAGAACACCUGAUACAGGGGAGUUUGCAAACUUUGACGACAGCAAUUAUAGAGGAAAUCCAGGUCUCUGUGGACCAUUGCUCAAGAGAAGUUGUAACCCCUUUGCUCCACACCCUGAAAAUGUUGGUGAUCAAGACAUAGAAGUUGAUGGUGCAAUUGAUGUGGCAGCAUUCGCUUGGAGCUUUUUUGCUUCAUAUAUGGUGAUCGUGAUUGCACUAGUCGUACUUCUUUUCGUUAGCCCUUAUUAUAGAAGAGCAUGGUCCAAUGAAUUUGCAAGUAUUGAAAGUGGAAAUCGAGAUCUCUGUGGACCAUUGAUCAAGAGAAGUUGUGACCCCAUUGCUUCACAACCCGUAAAUGUUGGUGGUCAAGACAAAGAAGUUGAUGGCGUAAUUGAUGUGGUAGCAUUCAUUUGGAGCUCUUUUGCUUCAUAUGUGGUGAUAGUAACUGCCUUGGCCAUAAUUCUUUGUAUUAGCCCUUAUCAUAGAAAAGCCUGGUCAUAUUAUAUUGAUUAUUGGAUCCUAUCAAGAUUCUAUGAGUAUUGCAGAUCUCAUUCCUACUGA